AUGGAGUCAUCAGAUUCAGAGUUGUUGAGAAAUGAAAAUGGGGAUUUUAACGUACUUAAAAUUGGAAUGGAAGUUUCUAGUGAAGAUGAAGCAUAUAGAUUGUACUGUGAGUAUGCUUUGAAGAAGGGUUUUAGUGUUCGAAAAGGAAAUUAUCGACAUGGGAGUGGUGGAGUAAUCAGGCAACGUGAAUAUUUGUGUGCAUUUUCAAGACAAUAUCGAUAUGGUGAUCCUUCCGAUCUGAAAAAGGUUAGAAGAUUGGUGACACGAAUGGGUUGUAAGGCUUCAAUUAGGUUUUCCAUUAUAAAUGGAAUGUGGAAGGUAAGUCAUUUCAGUGAUGAUCACAACCAUGAUUUUGUUGCUCCAGAAGAGAGACAAUUUUUAAGAAUAAAUAGAAAUAUAGAUUCUGCCAGUGCUAGCAUUAUUAAUUCUAUGGUUGAUGCUGGUAUAAAAGGGACAAAAGCCUACUCAUAUAUUUCAAAGGAAGUUGGUGGGUCUGAACAUGUUGGAUUUACUCAAAGAGAUUGUCACAAUUUUAUCAAUGAAAAGAAGCAAAAUCUGAUUAAAAGAGGAGAUGCACAAAGUAUAAUGAAACAUUUCAGGUGUUGUCGAAUUGAAGACCAUAUGUUCUAUCAUGAUGAAGAAUUAGACGAGGAAGGUCGUUUGGCAAAUUUCUUUUGGAGAGACGGGAGAUCAAAAUUUGAUUAUGAUUGUUUCGGAGAUGUUGCGGUGUUUGACACCACAUAUCGAACAAACAAAUAUAACAUGAUCUUCGCUCCAUUCGUCGGGGUCAAUCAUCACUUAAAAAAUAUUUUAUUUGGUUGUGCAUUUUUGUUAGAUGAAACUACCGAUUCAUUUGUUUGGUUAUUUGAAACUUUUUUAGAGGCAAUGGAGAAUAAAGCACCGAAGACUAUAUUUACCGAUCAGUGUCAAGCAAUGGCAAAUGCCAUUAAGAAAGUUUUUCCAAAUACUUGUCAUCGUCUUUGCUCAUGGCACAUUUCGAAGAAUGCAACUCAAAACAUUGGGAGCUUGUAUGCUAAUUAUGAGUUCAAAUGUUUGUUUAACAAAUGUCUACAUUGUGAAAAAAAAAGGAUGAAUUUGAAGCAACUUGGGAUGAGAUGA